AUGACAAGGGAAGGCACACAAAAGAUGAUUGCGCAAUGGUGCAACCAAAUAGAAAAGGGUGAUGGCCACCAAGCCGAGAUAGACAUGAGGUGCUACGCUGAAGAGUUGACUUUAGGAGUCAUUGAACAAGUGAUCUUCGGCCAAAACAGCAAAGAAGCCCGGGAGGUGUUUGUCACGGGCAAGGAGUGCCAGAAGCUCGCGGUAUAUGCGUUUGCGGAUCCUCGAAUACCCGGAUUUAGAUACCUGCCCACACCCCGUAACAUUAGGGCAUGGAAACUUGACAAGUCGGCGACGAGCAAUAUAACACAGCUCAUAAAGGACCGGCUUGCCAGUGGUGUCGGCGGAGACGACCUACUCGGGUUGAUGCUGCAGGCGUACAAGUUAAAAGAGGUUGAAUCAUUGAGCUACGGUGAGAUGAUCGAGAAGCUCAGGGAGGAAGUGCUGAGAGAAUGCAGGGAUGAUGAUGGCGAUGCCCCCUAUAGCAAUAACAUCCAACUUAGCAUGUUCCUUCUUGAGACAUUGAGGCUCUACAGUCCCGUGCCGUUCUUGCUGAGGAAGACCGCGUCUGACACAACAUUAACAAACAUCAAAUUUCGAAAAGGAACCAUGAUAACAAUUCCGGUCAUGAUGUUGCACCGGAGCAAGGAGAUUUGGGGCCUCGACGCCGACGAGUUCAACCCCAUGAGGUUUGAGAACGGUGUCUUGGGGGCUACCAACAACACGCUUGCAAUGUUGGCCUUCGCAUGCGGGCCACGUGGGUGCCCAGGGAGGAACUAUUCCAUGAUCGAGGUGCAGACUGUGAUGAUGAUGAUCCUGAGAAGAUUCUCCUUCUCCCUCUCUUCCCAGUAUGUUCACAUGCCCAGGAACUUCAUCUCACUUGCACCUAGGUAUGGCCUUCCCCUAAUCGUGAGGAAUUUGCUGGAUGGAGAAAAAAGUGAUAUUUAA